AUGAAAGGGUGGCGUCUAGGCAGAACAAACUAUCUGCAGUCUUUGCCUGGGGCUCGCCACCGUCCUCUUACAAGGAAGCCAGUAUGGAUCAUCGCCGUGGUUUCGCUGAUAACUAUGUUUGUGAUUGGUGCUUACAUGUUCCCUCAUCACAGCAAAGCUGCUUGUUAUAUGUUUUCAUCUAGAGGAUGCAAAGGGAUCACUGACUGGCUUCCACCUUCGCCGAGGGAGUUUUCGGAUGACGAGAUUGCAGCUCGUGUGGUCCUUAGGGAGAUAUUGAGCUCCCCUCGUGUCAUUAAAAAGACUUCUAAGAUUGCCUUCAUGUUUUCGCUGAUAACUAUGUUUGUGAUUGGUGCUUACAUGUUCCCUCAUCACAGCAAAGCUGCUUGUUAUAUGUUUUCAUCUAGAGGAUGCAAAGGGAUCACUGACUGGCUUCCACCUUCGCCGAGGGAGUUUUCGGAUGACGAGAUUGCAGCUCGUGUGGUCCUUAGGGAGAUAUUGAGCUCCCCUCGUGUCAUUAAAAAGACUUCUAAGAUUGCCUUCAUGUUCUUAACUCCUGGUACAUUGCCUUUUGAAAAGCUAUGGGACCUCUUUUUCCAGGGUCAUGAGGGGAAGUUCUCUGUUUAUGUCCAUGCAUCAAAGGAUACGCCGGUUCACACCAGCCGUUACUUUCUUAACCGUGAAAUUCGAAGUGAUGAGGUGGUAUGGGGUAGGAUAUCAAUGAUUGACGCUGAGAGACGUUUACUGACCAGUGCUCUUAGAGAUCCUGAAAACCAGCAAUUUGUUUUACUCUCUGAUAGUUGUGCGCCACUUCGAAGCUUUGAAUACAUGUACAACUAUAUGCUGUACAGCAAUGUCAGCUAUGUUGACUGCUUUAUCGAUCCUGGUCCACAUGGAACCGGCAGACAUAUGGAUCACAUGUUGCCUGAAAUUCCAAAGGAAGAUUUUCGAAAGGGUGCACAGUGGUUCUCCAUGAAGCGUCAGCAUGCUGUUGUAACAAUGGCAGACAGUCUUUACUACUCUAAAUUCCGGGACUAUUGUGGGCCAGGUAUAGAGAGCAACAAGAACUGCAUUGCGGAUGAACACUACCUGCCAACAUUCUUCUAUAUGCUUGAUCCUGGUGGCAUUGCUAACUGGACUGUGACAUCUGUUGAUUGGUCUGAGAAACAGUGGCAUCCAAAGACAUACAUGCCCGAAGACGUCACUCUCGAGUUACUCAAGAAUCUCACGUCCAUUGACGCAGUCUCACGUGGAACAACUGAGGGAACGGGUGAAGAGACAUGGACACAUUGCAUGUGGAACGGAAUCAAAAGACCUUGCUAUCUCUUUGCAAGGAAGUUCCACGCAGACACUCUCGAUAAACUCAUCGAACUCUUUUCAAACUACACAAGCAUCGCAUGA